AUGUCAGAGCUGCACGACACCAAGGAGAAGAACGGCAUCGCCGUCACCCAUGAGCUCAAUGUCUCUGGGUCUCAUCACGACGCGGUUCAUCACGAUGACCCCGCCUACGAUGUCAUCGAUCCCGCCGCUGAGCGCAAACUUGUGUUCAAGCUUGACAUCCUCAUUCUGCCGCUCACGGCGCUCCUCUACCUCUCGGCCUUCCUCGACCGCUCGAACAUGGGCAAUGCGAAGCUUCAAGGACUGUUCAAGAUCCUCGGGUCCAACCCCGAUACAAAGUUUUCCAUCAUCCUUUCCUGCUUCUACAUCACCUACAUUAUCUUGAACGUUCCCGGCACUGUCCUUUCCACUCUGGUGGAGCCGAGCAUGUCCAUCGCCCUUGGCACCCUCAUCUGGUCGGUCGCCUGCUCCGCCCAGGCAGGCGCGCACAACUUCGGCGGGCUGGUCGCCACGCGUCUCUUCAUUGGUAUUGGCGAGGCCAUGUUCACCUGCUCGGUCGCCAUGUACUACGGCAUGUGGUACAAGCGCACCGAGAUCGCCGCGCGCGUGUCGCUCUUCAUCGGCUCGGGUACCCUGGCCGGAGCAUUCGGCGGUCUCAUCGCCUACGGCGUUUCGUUCAUCCACUCCUCCAAGCUCGAGACUUGGCGCAUUCUCUUCCUUAUCGAAGGCCUCCCGGGUAUCUUACUCGCCCUGUGCAUCUUCCUCUUCUUGCCCAGCAGGCCCGAGAAGUCUAGCCUAGAUGUCAACGCCGCUGAGCGCGAACUUGCCCUCCGCCGUUUGGGCGGCUCAAGGGUAGCCGCGGGCCACGCAUUCGAGUGGAGCGCGGUCCGCCACGCCUUCUCGCAGCACACGGCCUACCUCAACGGAGUCAUCUGUAUCGGACUCAACUGCUCCGUCGCCUCAGUGGCCGGUUUCCUCCCGACGAUUGUCAAGUCGUUCGGAUACUCGAACGCGCGUGCGCAGCUCUUCACCGUCCCGCCGUACGCGUUCGCCUUUGUCGGCUCGCUCAUCAUCUGCUUCCUCUCCGACAGGACCAAGCACCGCGGCCUCUGGGUCGUCCUCACUCAGGUCUGUGGAACCGUCGGCUUUGCGGUCCUCAUUGGCGUCACCAAGAACAUGGGUGCGCGCUACUUCGGCACCUUCCUGGUCGUCCUCGGCGGCUUUGGCGGCAUCCCGCUCAUGCUCGCAUGGGCUGGCGACACGGCCGGCUCGCAGACGACUGCCGCUGUUCGAAUGGGCUUGAUGAACGGCAUUGGCCAGUGCUUUGCUAUCCUCGCCUCGUUCAUCUUCCCCACCAAGGAGGGACCUCACUGGUACAAGGGCUUUGGUAUCAACCUCGGCUUCUGCGUUCUCUCCCUCAUCACUGCGCUCUACCUCACCUGGUACUACCGCCACGAGAACGCGAGGCGCGACAAGGCGGGCGACUUUGCGCCCACUUCGGGCGCGCUCGACUCGCCGUCGGGCGAGAAGGGACAGGUCGUCGUUCCUCAGGCGCAGCUGCACGACUAUGCUCCUGGCUUCCGUUACACCACUUAA